AUGAAAAACAAAUAUACCCCCGUUUCAGAUUUUGAUGAGUCUUCCAAAACGCUCAAUGAUGAAAAGGCAGAUAGUCAGUCGUUUCCUUCCGACGGUACGCCUACUCCCUAUUCAGCUUCAAGCAAAUUGAUCGAUUUAGAAAUGGCUUCUGAAAGAGAAGAAAGUUCUGAAUAG